UUUUUUUUUUUCAUUUAUUAAUACUAUAAUGUCGAGCACAUCUUUAUUCAAAUGGAUGGGCUUGGGACAACAAUCGGGUAAGCCUUCUAUUGAUAAUGAUGCUAUUGAUGAAGGUGAACGCUAUUUUGGUCUCGAAAACUUCGGUAAUACUUGCUAUAGUAAUUCUGUAGUUCAAGCUCUUUAUUUUUGUAAACCUUUUCGGCAUUAUGUGUUAAAUUAUCCACAAUCUAUUAACAGUGCAACUCAAACUUAUAAUACACCUUUAUCAACAAAUCCUAAUUCUCCUAUGAAUGUUGUUAAUGGGCAUUCCUAUUUUCCUUCCACUAAUUCGUCAACUACAUCAUCUUCUACGCCAACUAUUAAUGGAAAUAUGCGACUGAGCAGUAAUAAUAAUGUAUUGAGUUCAUCUUGUAGAGAAACAUCUAAUUCUAGAUCGAUUCCUCGCAAUGGUGCUAAUGGCAUUUCUUCCGGAUCAACAAAUGGUGCAAGUACACCAACUACGGCUCCUAUUGAAAAAGAUCAAAAUAAUAUCAAUUUGGCACCUGGUAUGGAAGAUACCUUGUUUUCUGCACUUAAGGAUUUAUUUUGGAAGAUAUCUCAAAACAAGAAAAAAACGGGUGUCAUUGCACCUGUUAAUUUUAUUAACAAAGUUAAAAAAGAAAAUGAAUUAUUUCGAUCAAGUAUGCAUCAAGAUGCCCAUGAAUUUUUAAACUAUACUUUAAAUACUAUUGCCGAAGAUGUUCAAAGGUAUCAACAAAAGCUAGCUGAUGAGAAUGAAAAUAAGCAACAAGAAAGCAUUUAUAGUGAUAAUAGUCAUGGAUCGAGUAAUACAGGUACUACUAUUGGAUCAAAUCCUAAAACUACUUGGGUACACCAAUUAUUUGAGGGUGUGUUUUCUAAUGAAACUAAAUGUUUAUCCUGUGAAACUGUGACAAGUCGAGAUGAAUGCUUUAUGGAUUUAUCGAUUGAUGUUGAAAUGAAUUCAUCCAUUACUUCUUGCUUACGGCAAUUUUCUGCAAGUGAAACACUAUGUCAUAAAAACAAAUAUUUCUGUGAUGUAUGCUCAGGCCUACAAGAAGCGGAACGCAGAAUGAAAAUCAAAAAGUUACCCAAUAUAUUAGCACUUCAUUUGAAACGAUUUAAAUACCAAGAACAAUUGCAAAAAUAUAUAAAGUUAACAUAUCGAGUAGUCUUUCCUUUUGAAUUAAGAUUAUUUAAUACUAGCGAUGACACUGAGGAUGCUGACAGAAUGUAUGAACUUUGGAGUAUUGUGGUGCAUAUUGGAAGUGGGCCUCAUCAUGGACAUUAUGUUGCUGUUAUUAAGAGUAAUGGACAAUGGAUGUUAUUUGAUGAUGAUGUAGUUACACAAAUUCAAGAAGAUGAUAUUCAGAAAUAUUUUAGUGAUCUUCCUGGUAGUGGAUCAGGAUAUGUCUUAUUUUACCAAUCAGUGGAUCUUAAUAUGGACUCAAUUAAUAUUUCUCUUGAUAAUAAUAAGAUAGACUGUGAUAAUGAUAGGCCGGUACCAGUUAUGUCACAGCAGCCAUUGACUAUUCCCGUCAGCCCACUUCGAUUAGACAAUAUAAGUAACGAUAACAAUCAUUUUAAUUUACAAUCGCCAAUUAUAGGUAAAAAGGAUGACUACUCAAAUUCAGAAAUACCAACACCGGAAACAACUCCUUCUCCUCCACACCAAGAAGAAAAGAAAACUCGUUGGGGAUUGGGUCGUAAGAUUAGAGAAAAGAGGGAUAAAAAAUAAAAAAUGCUUUGUGUAAAUCCUUACGUACCAAAGAAGAUAAGAUCAAUAAGAAAAAAAAAGUUUCUUUUCAUGUUACAUAUUUAACCCUUUUUAUUAAUGUAUAUAAUGAAUACUAUGUUCUUCAAAUAAGACAAAUUAUAAACAGCAAGUGUGGACCUGUCCUCACGGUAAAGCAAGCCACAUCGGUGAUUGAAUUUUUAAGAGGAGCGGAAAAGAUUGUGCAGAAGGAAACUCUGGGAAGGUCAGGCAUUCUAUACAAAAAAUCGAUUG